AAUAUAUACAUAGUAUGAAAACAUACACGUAGAUUAGUUCCUAUAUUCAGUGUCUUUCAAGACGAUGAAGUUGGUCACUUGCAGCGCAUAAUUGUGUAUACAUAGUCAAUUUUUUCAGCAAUGACCGACGAUUCCAAUGGAGAAUCCACGUUCGAAUUUGUUGAAAGAAAGACAGACGAAUCGUCUACAUCUGGAGAAAUCGUAAAAACUGAUUCUUUUAGCAGUUUGUCUUCAUCAACAUCUUUAUUAAUGCCAUUAGGCAUAUCAACAUCCACAGGAAAUUUAUUAUCAAAUGUAGCACCACCCACUGCUUUGCCUAGUUUCAUUUCAAAUCCUGGAACGUUGUUAUCAGAAAGGCCUAACAAUUUGGAACCACCUAGCCAGAAAAAACUUCAUGAUCAUGAACCUACUAAGUCGAUGUUAAAUACUAUUAUUCAAUCUAAACCGUUACAGCAAGAAACACAUCAAGCAACUACAAUUCCCAUUGUUACUCCGUCCAUACAAAAUGUACAAACCACAGUGCCAUCAGAAGUCCAGGAUUCAGGAAUGGUUGGGGGUGGUCUGUUUUCGUGGGUUAAAGAAACAGUAGUAAAUAGUAAUGUAUUGAGCAAAGUUGCAGAAAAAGCAAAAAACAGUGUUAAUACUAUGAUCACAACAUUAGAUCCUCAGAUGCGUGAGUUCAUUUAUUCUGGUGGUGAUAUGGAGAUUGUAGUUGCAUCAGAUAAAGAUAUUAAAAUAAGUCCUGUGCGUCAGGCUUUUCAAACAGUUUUUGGAAAGGCAACAGUAACUGGUGUAUCAGUAGAAAGUUCAGCUGUAGCUGCUCAACCAGUUGGUUUUGCUGCUGGCGUAAAAGGAGCAGAAGAAAGAAUUAAUUCUGCUCGAAAUAUUCCAACACUUCCAAAAGAUAUACCUAUAAUUGCAGUAGAAAAUUUUUUGUUAGAAGUUGGAGAAGAUAAGUGGUAUGAUUUGGGAGUGAUAGUUCUUAAUGAUCCGAAACGUAAUGUGAAUUUGCAAACAUUCACUCAAAUGACUCCGGUGCCAAGUCAAAUAGUAACGAUGGCACAAGAAGCCACACCUGAAGAUUAUCCUCUUAAAUGGUCUGGUUUAUCAAUUACUGUUGGUAGUUUAAUGGCAAGCAACUUACAGGUUCCUCACAAUGAAUGGCAUCACGCACUUACUGGAAUUUCCAGAAGGGAUAUUAUACUUUUAGCAGUUCAAUCACUAGCUGGCAUCUACAAGAAUACAAUUAAUCCCGUCUAAAUUUUUAUGAAUACAUCGCAAUUUAUCAAUGAGUUGCGUUUUUGUAAAUACAGCUCUAAUAAUUUAUGCUAUACUUGAAUCAAUUAUCAAAAUUUAUUUCUUAGAGUAUUCUCAUCUUUAACAAGUACCUAACAUUUCAUCACAUCAUUGGAAUAAAGGUUAUUUCAAUUAAUGUGACAUUCUUAUUAAAUUAAUAUUUAUAAAUUAAGAAAAUGUAUUUUAAUUAUAUGUGGUAAUAUGUACAAAAAAUUAAUGAAAGGUAAAAUAUAUUAAAAAAAUAGGUUUGGUAUGUUGAAUGUGAUUAUUUCAUCACAUAUCAAUUAUUAAUAUUAGACUUAUUAACGCGACAGUAUAUUUUAUUAAAAUAAAAUAAUUUAUAAUUUAUAUACAAUUUGAUGUAAUUUUCUGAGGUGUCCUAUUCCUGUCAGAUUUCGAGAUGGUUGGGUAUUUUUUAACAAAGGCAACAAAAACUCUGUUUCACAAUUUGAUCUUUAAUUUCUUGCUUUUUGUUUCAAUGAGUACAUUGCUGUUGCAGAUUUUCUGUUGUCAAUAAUUUCAAAAUUUGUCCAAUUGUUUAAAAAUAUUAACACAAAAAUUAAAACUAAUUGGUAAAAAAGCAAUGUAAAAAAUUACAACUUUUCCUUUUUUCGUACGAAAUUGGUAAUAAGUUUCCACCGUAAUAAAAAUAACAAUCGAUUCUUAUUUGAUGUUAAUGCACUAAAAAACAUAAAGCCACUAGAUCUUGAUGAUGUGGCACUGCUUAAUUAAAUAAAUGUAUAAAAUAUUUCUCCCUGAUACUAAUAUGUGUACUUUCCAUUAUAAUUACAAUUUAUUAUUUUUUUUUUCAUAUUUAUAAUCAUGUAUUUCUCACGGAUCUUUGCACAAAACAAAGUUCAUAAUAAACCGAUGUAGAUUGUAUACGGUUCGAG